UGGCGGUUCCCGGAGGCCUGGCCGUUCCCGGAGGCCUGGAGGUUCCCGGAGGCCUGGCGGUUCCCGGAGGCCUGGCCGUUCCCGGAGGCCUUCAAGGCCCAGAAGUUCCCGGACGGGCUCGAGGCCCAGCAGUCUCGGGACGGGCUCGAGGCCUAGUGAUUCCCGGAGGGCUUCAAGGCCCACCGAUAACCGGUGUCUAUCGGGCCAGGGCCCGGGGAAACCGCCGCAGGCCUUCUGGUGUUCGGUCUGUUGAAAAGUCCAUGCAAGCCAUGAGUUUAAUUCAUGAUGAAUCCGAAGAUAUUGAGGAACAGUUUAUAUUGCGUCUGCCUCCUGAACAUGCUUAUACUGUCAGGAAGAUGAUACAUUCUAGAGGUGCUGCCUUGAAGGAUAAACUAAAAAUCGACUUUUCUUCUGAUGGACGUAAUGCAGUUGUUCAGGUAGAAGAUGUCUCACUGUCUGCUAAGCUGGUUAAUUUGCCUUGUGUCAUCGAAAGCCUGAAAACUGUUGAUAGAAAAACAUUUUAUAAAACAGCAGAUAUUUCUCAGAUGCUUGUAUGCAGUUCUGAUAGUGAGCCUCGUCCUUUCCCGGAAGAACCAGUUGCUUCUACUGAUCCUCCUGUAACUGGAAAAGGUGAAGGGAAGACACAGAAAAAAAAAUAUAACUGGAAGCAUGGCAUUACUCCACCACUUAAGAAUGUCAGAAAGAAAAGGUUCCGGAAAACAGCAAAAAAGCUCCCCAGUGUCAAACAAAUGGAUGAAAUCAGCUUCAAUGAGUGCCCUGAAUCUCCAAAUGUGGAAAAAGAAAUGAAGAGACUGCUCUGCUCAGAUGCUGAAGCCAUCAGUGUCCGCUGGGAAGUCAUUGCUGAUGAUGAAACCAAGGAAAUAGAAAGUCAAGGAUGCAUCUCAGGCAUUUCAGGAACCCCACAAAUGAGUGGCCCUCCCUCAUCAGACUAUGAUAUGCUUCGAGAGAUGUUUGGUGAUUCUCGCAGUAACAGUAAUGAGGUGGAAGAUAAGGCUGAUAAAAUUGAAGCUGAGGAGGAUGAUGGAGAGGAGAGUGAUGAUGAUGACGACGACGACGAUGAAGAGGACGAAGAGGAAGAAGAAAAGAAGAUAGACAGCUGGGAAGCGGAAUUAGAAAGGGAGCUGCAAGCCAAAUUUAUUCAAUCUAGCUCCGAAGAAGCAAACAAAGACUAUGAUUACAGUUCAAUAAUCACAGGAAUUCAGAAAUUGAUUUAUUACAAAGAAAAAAAGCUUCAACAGAUUUAUAAGAAAGCACAACGACAGAAAGACCUCCUUAGGAAUGUGGAAAACUUGACCCUUAAGAGGCAUUUCCAGUAUGUUUUGGAGCAGCUUAACAUAUUGGAAAAACAAAAGUGGGAGGAGAUUUAUCACCUACAAGAACAACUGAAAUGUUUUCUGAAGGAGUAAGGAAACCCUCAGUCUAGCAUAUAAAGUGGAUUCACCUUCCAGAUGAAGACCGAGUGGAACCACGAGUUACUUUAUCUUGACCAACUGUAUUUGUUUAAUUGAAUAUUUUUCACUAGUUACAGUAAAUUUAAAGAUCAUAGUCAUGUAGAAGGGACAGUAUAAAAUGCACAGUAGGUUUAGAAACCCCACUCACCAUGAGAUUUUGUUUUACUUAGUCAAUUUGAGGUUAUAUAUGUGUGUGUAUAUAUCUUUGUCUUUCGUUCUAUGGUAUGAGAUCAUUCAACCAUGCUUGUCAAAGGCAGAUGGUGUAGCCUAGAAGGAUGUUUGACUGUUUUACAGAUAUUAGCUUUUGAAACUCUGUUUUAAGUAUUUCCUACAAUAUAGAAAAUAAUCAGCUUGUCAGGUUGAUAUCCCAGCAUUCAAAAGGCAGAAGCAGAAGGCUCACAGUUGAAGGCCAGCCUGGGAUACAUACGAAACCCUGUCUUAAAAAGCAAAACAAAAUAAAAAAUGAAAACACCCCUAAUUUCUA